AUGACACUCAUUUCUCUCCGUGCUCUGGCAAUUCUGAUGUUUCUCCUGUCUGCUCCAUUCUUGGCUGCGAUCCACAUCAAGUGUGGAACUCGGGACACCAGCAAGGUUUCCCAAGAGGAACCCCAACCCAGCUCCUGGCCUUGGCAAGUGAGCAUUGAGUUGGCAGUGGAGAACAGACACUUCUGUGGCGGGGCUAUCAUCAGCGAGUUCUGGAUCAUCACUGCUGCCCAUUGCUUCAUGCCACCAAUAACACAAACACUGCAGGAGAUUGUGGUGGCCAUUGGGUUGAACAAGCAACUGACACCGGAAACCUGGGCACACUACUCCAUUCCUCGUAAUGUCAUUUUACAUGACGGGUUCAAUGAGGAAACAGGGGCAAAUGACAUUGCACUGGUGAGGACUAGUGAGCGUAUCACUUUCGGAAAGUAUGUCAUGCCUGUGUGCUUCCCCAAUGAUGAUAUCUUCUUUGGGAAUGCCUGGAUCAAUUGUCGAAUCACAGGCUGGAUGAAGACAGGUGAAGACACCACAGAUGCUCUUCAGGAAGCACCUGUAAAGAUUAUCUCCUUCAGAAAAUGUAAUGCCACAAUUUUUGGUGGCAAACUCCAACCAACAAUGAUGUGCAUGAACUUCCAAGAAAAUGAAACCAUUGGUUGUCACAUGGACAGUGGAGGCCCUCUAGUUUGUAAGGUCAAUAACACACAACAGUAUUUCUUAAUUGGGGCUGUAAGCUGGGUGAGUGAUUGUGAGAAGCGGUGGCCUGGAGUCUUCACUGUGGCCAAGUCCUACCUAAACUGGAUUGAGCACAUCACUGCACGGUAUGGUAAGAGGUUCAAUUUCAAGGAGUAUGGUGCAGAGCUAGCAAAUCAGCAUCAUAGAACCUUAAUAAAGAUGAAGGCACAUAAUGUAAGUGGCCAGAACGAACAAAACUCUUCAGCUGCAAGCACAUCUUGUCCAAGACCCACGCUCACUACAAGCAUCAAAGAUCUACCAACACUUACACUGACAGCAACUGGACACAUCUACACCACUUCAGUGGUUGGGAUUGCGCUGGUCCAUCUCCGCUCACUGCUGGUCACAAUGCUGGCAACUUGA